CUGUCGACGUGACCCAAUGCGGAAGUCUGAAGAUAGAACAGCCGACUAUAUUGGGAAGAAAUGUUACUUUUACUUUUACACCGGAAACAACCUCAGACGCAGACCUGGAAUGGGAGCGAACAAAUAAAAUAAAUCCAUGGGCCACUCUUCCUGACAGAGCCAAGUUUACACAGUAUUUCCAAGAUGGGACAUAUUACUUGAUUUUAACUGACACUGUCAGAGACAAAGACGAAGUAUUUUACCGGGUUGAUUAUAUGAACAAUAGCGUAAGCUGUUUAAUGGAAACUCCAAAACUUAAACUUAAAGACAUAUCAGACACGUGUGGAUUUGUUUACCCAAGAACGGCAAAGGUGAAAGAAGGCGAAAACGUAGAACUAGAAUAUUAUCCAUCGAAAUAUGUUAUGCAAAAUCAAAAAUACUUUGAACGACAAUGGCAGCGUUCUGGAGAGAAUCGCACUAUUUCAAUAACUCUUUUGAAAGAUGUGUAUGAGGAAGAAAAGGAACCGAAUAAUAAAUAUGUGUUGACUAUAACCAUGUUCAAGGAAAGAAUGAAUGGCUUAUAUGGAGUUUACUGCGGCAAACCUGUGGUCUUUUCCAAUUUUGUCAAUGUGAUGAUACCAAUUGCACCAAGCGCACCAUCAUUUGAAGGUUUAAAGGACAUAGACGACUGUAAGAGCUGUAUUAUUGGUGAAGAUAAUGAUCAGUCCAGCGUUCUCUGCAAGACAAGUGGUGGUACACAACCAAUUACAGUCACCAUGUCAAUAGGGAAUGAAUCGCUUAGCUUAGGACGAUAUAAUGAAACAGCGGGUUACAUUACUUUCUUUACUCUUCUCAACAGACAUCAUAUGGCGAUUAUGAAAUGCACAGUUAUGAACGAUGCAUUAACCUCGCCUUUUAUCAUCACUGCACGUGUGUAUGUUAUCAAAUCACCAACAUUACAGUUAUUUGUACCACAGACUCUCAAGGAAGGAAAUAACGGCAAUAUUACAUGCAUAAUGGAUGGUGGAAGACCUGCUCCGAAUGUAACUUUAAACAUUUCCGGUAUGGAAGUGUCGUCUGCAGACCAAACAAAUAAUUUCAAUGCUACCACCUCUUUAUACACGAGUGUUGUUUCCCUGACAACAUUCGAACGAAUUUGGAAUAGUGAAAACGUCGCAUGUUGUCGUUUCAAUGAAUGGUACAAGAACAAAAGCACUUGUUCCCUACCACAACGGAUGAAUAUUAUGUUUCCUCCUUCAGACAUCAAACUGGAGGUCAAAGCUGAGCAAAAACUUCCACUUGAAAUAUACGCUGUUUGUACCAUCUACAAGUCAAACCCAGCAUGUGGGGUAAACAUUAGUGCACCAAACGGAGUCAUUGUUUCAGAACGAUACACCAAUAACGUGAGCCAACCUCAUGGCGCCUGGAAUUCAGAAUAUGCAGUAAAUUUGAAUGUCAGUAAAGAAGACAAUGGUGAAAAGAUAGAGUGCACAGCUGAUUGUCAAAAUUUUGCUGUCGAUCUGAAGGACGCAAGCCCGAUGCCUCAUGCACCUACCAUCGAAUUCAACAUAUCUGGUUCAGAACUUACAAUUUUACAAGAAGAACAGGCACACGUAAAAUGCUCAGCACAAAGCAUUCCUGCCUCCGACAUUACAUGGGUGGAGCAAACAGAUGAUGAAAACAUAACUAUGCAUCAAUGUCAAUUGAAAACAGACUGCGUCAUUGCUAUUGAAGCAAAUCUGACGCAACAACGACAAUUUAUUUGCCAGACGGAUUAUUUACAAACAAGUGACCAAAAGAAACUGACUGUAAACAUUGUUGAGAAAGAUGAGAACCGUUACAAAGACUUGGACAACUCUGCCUCUGGUGAUAACUUGUUUAUUUGGAUUAUUCUUGGGUCUUGUUUAGCUGUCCUCUUUGUUGUGGUCAUCUUAUGCCUUAUUGCAAGAAACAAAUUGAGGAACACUAAAGCUAAACUGGAAGCAAAUCAAGCGAGAUCCAGUGCAAACCCCGAUGGAGUUAGAAGUAAAGAAGACAAACUGGAAGAUGAUCCGCAUGGAAAUUUGAACGAUGGUGCGCACGGGGCUGACGAUUCGGAAGUAACAUAUUCUCAACCAGUCAAAAACAAGCCAUCGUCUAAUGCCGAUGCAACGUAUUCAGAAAUAAAUAAAACUGGAAAGUCAAAUUCUUCAGCCAUUUGCUCUACAAAGACCCAGCAAGAUGGACAGCUGCUGUAUGCCGACCUUGACUUUGAUCCUAAUGAUGCACCUCUGAAGGGAGCCGCCGCCAAGCGUCGAAACUCUCCUACGGAGUACGUUGCCAUCGACUUUGUCAAGACAGCAGCUGAACAGGCAAAGGAAAACGAACCAACGGAAGCGGACAAUAUUUAUGCUAAUCAGUAAAAUGAACGUCAAUCAUUUGAAAAUUAAAUCAAAGACAAUCGAUGAAACUUUUUUGCACGCGAUAAUAUAUGAGUAAACGAUUGCUAAAACUUAUAGGCACAAGAAGCAGUUGUCGUCUGCAACUCACUCAUACACGUGAAAGGAAUUGUGGUUAUUUUUUUCUGUUCGAGUAUUUGGCUGAUAGUUUACUUAUAUUACACUGUUUUCAGAAGUUGUAUGAAUGUUUAGCAAUGUUUGAAUAUUAUUUCGUCGAUUUAAAAGACUUCUAAAGUCAUUAUUAGCCAUGUACACGGUAACCUGUCUGCUUUUAUCCUUAAAGAAAAACAAAUGGCUACAAACUUAGAAGCCACGAUUCCAAUUCCCAGCCUAGCAUAACGCUAUCUGUAGAAAUUUGUUAGAAGACAUACGGUACGUCUGAAUUGUUUCAUUCACUUACGAAUCAUGUGGGAAGUUUUCAGUUAUUUGCAGAUAAGAACUAAAACAAAAUCUAGAAACACUGUGCAAGUUUAGUGUGAUUGUCGGACGAACAGACAGAUACGAGUGUUAAUUUGUAUGGCAUAUCUUGCAAAUGGACAAGACAUACUCUGAACAGCACAGAAUCCUAUCUGCUUACAUGUUACCGAAUUGUUUUCAAAAGGCAGUGUAUUACUUAAACACGUGUAAAGAUCUGCUGAUGAACGUAUGAACUGUAUAUAUUUCCUAUAAAUUACUCUAUGUGAAUACCGUUCUAUAAAUACAACGCAUUUUUGUUCUUC